AUGUUAGUUGACACUAUUAUUGUUUUCAGGAAACAUUGGAUGAUGCACAGCCAAAUGGAAGACCCAAAGGAAUAUGGCCUGAUUGUUAAGUCAGAUUCCAUUGAGAAAGUCACGGAAAUGACCUCACAUAAAAAGACCAACGAACUUCAGUUCUAUUUGGUCAAGAGUUGUCCUUCUCCGGAGGAAGUAAAAAAAGAAGAAGCUCACAAGUUGUAUCAACAGAUGAGUGUUUCUAUGUACGAUAUCCUUCAAAAAAUAGAUCUACGAAAGAAAGAUGAACAUCAAAAAAACUACGAAUUAAUUUGGAUUUACAAGGAGUUAGAGUGGAAAACACGUGACCUCAUGUACCUUGAACGAGCUACUGUAGAUGAUGUGAAGCCUCAUUUACCAAUGAGACCAAUACCAAGAACAGCUGGUUUCUUGCAUUUAACUGAAAACGAUCCUCAAUCGCCUGUUUAUAUUGGUACUGAUAGAAAACGAUGCCAUAAACGGCUAAAGAAAGAGAGGAUAGACAUGGAAUAUCUGAAACAGGUUCAAGAAGAACUUCUUUCUUCAAUGAAAUCGGGUAACAGGCCAACCCAUGGUACACAAGAGCUUAACGAUGUGAUGGAGAGCCUUGUACACAGGAUCCAACAUGGAAACAAUAACCGGAGAGAAGAAAAAAAAUUCUUUCACGAAAUAAGAAAUCUCAAAGAAACAAUAGAAACAUAUACUGCACCAACAGAACCUGACCCACGUAGUAAUUGGAGAAGAUAUGACGUUGGAGGAUCGAGAAGACGACUCUAUAACGAACAAAUGAGGCAGCAUCGUAUUAAAAUUAACUUAAACCAAAUUGACGAAAUAAAGAGGGAUCAAAAGGAACGUACCACUAAAGUGACCCGACUCAAGGUAGAGUUGGAACUUGUGAGAAAGAGCAUCAGAAGCAUGGAUAGGGAACUUGAAAAGCUUAAUUCAAAGAGAAUUAAAGUCUAUAAAUGUGCUUAUAAGUAUGGUGAGCAGAAGGAGGAGAAGUCAAGUUAUGGUUACUAUCCACCGCGUACUCAUGACAUAUGUUAAAGAACAUGCACAAAAAGAGAAUCACGGAGACAGGUUGAAGAAUUCUUGAAGCAAUAGUGGAUUAAUAGCAAAGUGUAGUGGAUGAUAUAAUGUGUGCUAGUUAAUCCCGAACACUUCUGGAGCAACUAUCUUAAGAUGUAUUAGAGCCUGAUUAUUAUUUAUUUCAUCAUUACACAAUGUUACGUUUGCUUUUAUGAGUACCCAAU